AUGUCUACCAAGCUUGACAAGCCUCUUGACGAGAUCGUCAGCGCCAAGCGCCGCGACUCUGUUCGCCGCCGCUCCCUGCGACGAACAACCACCGGUCGCCCUACUCCUACCGCCCCUGCCGGCGGUAUUCAGAAGACGACUGCUAAGCCUGCUCGUGGCUCUGCCGCAAAGGCUACACCCAUCAAGGCUGCUCUUCCUAGCGGCGACAGCAAAGUCAUCGUCAGCAAUUUGCCCAAGGACGUGACGGAGAAGCAGAUCAAGGAAUACUUUGUUCAAUCUGUCGGCCCCAUCAAGAAGGUUGAACUGUCCUACGGCCCCAACUCCCAGAGCCGAGGUAUUGCCAAUGUCACCUUCAGCAAGCCUGAGGGUGCCUCUAAGGCGCUUCAGACCCUGAACGGACUGUUGGUGGACGGCCGUCCGAUCAAGAUUGAAAUCAUUGUCGGAGCCGCCCAGGCCGACAAAGUCAUUCCCCCGAUCAAGACUCUUGCUGAGCGCACAACUCAACCCAAGGCCCAGCCCAAAUCUGCCGCUGGCAAGAAGCAGAACAACACUGCCGCCAAGGCCGGCGGUGCUAAGGGAGCUGCCGCGAAUGCUAACAAGAAGCGCCGCGGUCGCAAUGCCCGCCCUGCCAAGAAGACUGCUGAAGAGCUCGAUUCGGAGAUGGCAGACUACUUCGUUGGUGCCAAUAACAACGAGGCCGCCGGUGCCGCUCCGGCUGCUGCCCCUGCUCCUACCAACGGCGACGCUCCCAUGGAGGAUGAGAUUAUGUAA